AUGUGUGCCAAAUUAAGGAUUUUAGUCGCUUUAUUAAGUGUGCUGUCAGUGGAAUGUUUCCAACAACAGUAUUUCCGCGUGUCCCCACGAAGUCUGCGCGUUCUCGAAGGCGCUGAAGCAGUUCUAGAGUGUGCAGUGGCAAACCUUGCUGGCCAAGUGCAGUGGGCCAAGGAUGGAUUUGCACUUGGUUACUCUUCAGUGAUACCUGGAUAUCCUCGCUAUACGAUGUUUGGUGACAGGAGACACGGUGUCUACAACCUGCGUAUUGUCAAUGUUACCUUAGAGGACGACGCGGAAUACCAGUGCCAAGUUGGACCAGCACAGAUGCACAAGGUCAUCAGGGCGAACGCCUCCAUCACCGUUCUAUUUUAUGAAUGCUACGGUAGUCUUAACCCAAGAUUAAAAGUCAAGACUAAGUGCUAA